AUGUCUUCUUCCAACAACUUUGACCGAUACCGACCACCAAGAGAAGCACCCGCUCACCCGCCAAAACCGCCGUUUAUCGCAGAGUACAACAACACUUCGCAGUCGUCAUCGCCUGCUACUACUGGGAGAAGGCGCGAGGGAGGAGGAGGAGUGCCGCCUGCUGUACCGUCGCCUCCGGUUUAUUCCUCCAGGACAUCGCCGCCGCCGCCGCCGCGACCGCUGCGGAGCGCCCCCUCGCCUGCCAUGUCUAGCCCGCAGAGGUCGCAGCAGCAGAGGAGGGAGCAGUGGCUGUUCACGCUGGACGAGGUGAAGAGCACGCCAAGCAUCAUGGACGGGCUGCCGAUUGGGGAGGAGAGGUUGAGGAGGGCGAAGGGGGUGAAUUUUAUUUACCAGGCGGGCAUGUUGCUGGAGCUGCCGCAGAUUACGAUUUGGGUGGCGGCGGUGUUUUUUCAUCGGUUUUAUAUGCGGUAUAGCAUGGUUGAGCAGAAUGGGGGCAUACAUCACUAUGUAAGGAGGGUUUUUAUAUUCCUGGGAGAGUUGGAUGAAACCGAACUAACCACGAGGAAAAAUGAUUUAGAAUAUCGCCGCCACGUCGUUGAGUACUGGCGGUGGCGGGAUUCGAUCCUUGCGUUUGAGGAGAUCAUGCUCGAGACGCUUACCUUCGAUCUCAUGAUUAAUAACCCCUACGGCGAGAUUUUUGACCUGCUGGCGGAGCUGGAUCUGAUCAAAAACCACAAGCUGCGGGAUGGGGUCUGGGCUUUUUGCAACGACGCGUGUCUGACGGUGCUGCCGUUGGUGUUGAGCACGAGGGAGGUGGCCAUCUCGGCGAUUUUCUUCUCGGCGACGGUGAACAAGGUGCAGAUUGGGGAUGUGAGGGGCCAGAGCUGGUGGGUGUACUUGGGGGGGACGGAGGAGAUGGCGGCGUUGGGGGUGAAUUUGAUGUGUGAGUUUUAUAGGGAGAACCCGCUGCGGAAGCAGGAGAAGCGUCCUCCCAGUCCGGAGUUUAGGCUGGAGAGCACGAGGAGGAGGGGGGAUGUGGCUUUUGGGCUUGGGGGGAUGAUGGAGGUUGAUAGUCCGGGGACUGGGACGCCGACGCCGGUGGGGACAGAUAGGGCUGGGACGCAGAGUCCGGGGCGGGGGAGGGUCAAUGGGAACGGGGUUGUCAAGGAGGAGGAGGGGGGGGUGAAGAGGGAGGGGUCGUCGUCGGCCGAGGAAAGGAGGGCGGCGGCUGUUAGGGCGAGUGUGGAGAAUGGGGAUUCGGAUGCGGCGUUGAAGGCUGCGGCGAAUGAGUUGGGGGUUCAUGAGAAUGGGGAUGGUGGUGGUGGGGGGUUGGUGUCCCCUGGGCCGAUGCUGGCGGCGAUCAAGAGGAAGAGUGCCGAGUUGGAGGAUGCGGUGGAUGCUGCGGAGAGGGAGGCGAAGAAGAUUAAGUUGCAGGAUGAUGAGGAUGAGGGGGAGAUUAAGGGGUCUUGA